CCCCGAGCGGAGAGAGGCGGAAAGGCCCGAGUGUUGCCGAAGCUGCCCGAACGUGCUCGGAGGCCGGUACCGUCCGGCCCUGGGCGGUGGUUUCCGUGAGUAGCCGCCCGGCGCAGCGGCCGGCCCGGACAUGGCCUCCUUCAUCGCUCAUCCUUCCGUACGCAUCAAAGGAACAGAACACAGCUACAGCCCAGUCCUGUGCCAAGAUGAGCAGUGUGCUGCCAGUAUCAAAGGGAGGCACACCCACUGUCCAUUCUGCAGCAUUUCGGAGGCUUAUCAGGACCCGUUCAUUCUCCGGGCUCACUACCGGGUCAAACACGUGGACAAGGGGCUUGACUUUGCAGGACUGAAGAUCCUGCGCUGCUGCAAUCACUGUGAGAUCGUGGGCACAAUCAAAGGGGAGAAGAAGUUCAAAGGGGCGCACUGGCACUGCUACCGCUGCCGCAAUGGCUUCAACCGGCGGGACGAGGCAGUGAAGCACUACAAAACCCACUUCCGGAACCCCCACACCACCUUCCAGAUCCAGAUCACACAGGAUGUCAACAGCCGCCAGUAUUACCAGCACAGCGCUGAAGCCCACCCAAAGGCCUAUGGCGGCCUCCAUGUCUCCACCGGAGCCAGCGUCAAUGUGAUGGCCAUAGGCUCGGUGCUGGCCCAGACCGUCCUGGCAUCAGAAUCGCCUGUCUUCACCACCGACAAAGGGACAGAAAACCUCUUGGACAGCCCUGCCAAGGACAGCCGUUUGAACAGCAGGAUCAUGCUGGGAGUAGAAGAGAUGGCGGGGCUCAGCACCUCCUCCUCAUCCCUUCCCACCCAUCAGACCCUGGUGCUGAUGGACCCUGAUGGAGACGGUGGCAACAUCAUCUUUGAAGAGGGAGCCAAUAUUGUGGCAGGGCAGCCCAGUGAGGGGCUGGAUCAGAACCUGCUGGAGAAACAACUGGUUGAGCUGCACCAGCAGAACCAGCAGCUGCUGGAGGAGAAGAAGGAGAUGGAACAGAAGCUUCAGGCAGAGAUCCUGCAGCUAAAGGAACAUAUUGCCAGCAUUGUCCAAGCUAACAUCCGCAUGGCAGAGGAGCUGAAACGGUACCGAACCUCAGAUGACCUGGAGAAGAAAGUCAGCAAGAUGGUUGAGCAGAUGGAGUGGCAGCACCGGGAAUUGCUGCAGAUGCAGGUGGCAGCCCUGCGGAAGGAGUUUGCCCAGAAAGAGAGUCGGCUGACAAAUGGCAAAUCCACACCUCCAGCAGACGCUGCCCUGGAAACCAGGAAGCCGGCUGUGACCUCCUCCAUGCACACUCUUCUGGCCAACGCUGCCAUGGCCUCCACAAACAGCACCCAGUUCACCCUGCCCAACAGUCCCCAGGACACUGCGACGCCCAGGCCGUUAGACAUUAGCACUGGGGAUGUUGUUUCCUUCAUUGAUCCGCCAGAAAGCUUACCUGGCACUGGGGGCAACAGCCUGGAAAAGCUGGGGAUCGUGGAGCUGCAUCUGGACAUGAAACCGACCAUAGCGAACCAAGAAGCUGGCUCCCCACCAGCUCACGCCCAGCUCCUACCCAUUGGUGAAAUGAACGAACCCAUGGGACUGCUCCCUUCACUGGGCGGAGAGAAGCGGCUGGCACAGCACAUGUUGGCAAGAGAAACCAAAGCCAAACAGCAGCGGACAGUCUGAUCCCACGCGAGGAACUUACACCACACAAGCCUCUCUCUUCCUAAGCCAGUAGCCAAACAAACUUGCCAGUUCCCUGUUUUGUAGCCAGUGCUUUAAACUGAUAGUUAUACAUGGUGCUGUCAGUUAUUAAACUGCCCUUAAGUUAUACAUUUAUCCAUAUAUUUAAGUAUGAAAUUCUUUCCUCGGUGUAUGUCUGGUGCGUACUGGGCAGAAGAGAGUUACACACACCACAGGGCCCAGAAUAGAUUUAACCCUUGAAAUGCCUGUUAAUUAAACAAAAUAAACUGAUCGUGUCAUUCCAUGGAAUGGGCAACAGGGGAUGGAUCACUUGAUGAUUACCUGUUCUCCUCAUUUCCUCUGAAGCACCUGGCACUGGCCACUGUGAGAUACAGGAUCCUGGGCUAGAUGGACCUUUGGUCUGAUCCAGUCUGGCCGUUCUUAUGUUCCAAAUGUUCUGCACCAUUCCCAUAUUUGGGCCAGAAAAUGGAAGGUGUGUUCAGAGGCAAUACAGAAAUCUGUCCCCCUCAGUUCACAUGUUUAUAGCAACACUAUGAACACACACGAUGCAAGUUCCCUGCCUGUUCACUGCUCCAGCAACCUGAGGAGCAAGACUCUGCCAAAGGAGUCCCCACCCCAAUGUCCCCAUGUGCUCGUUUCAAAUGCUAAGCUAGACCUGAGGAGACGGGAGCAGGGGAGUUACAAGAAAUGGUGCUGAGGAGCCGUGAACCUGCCAUCCACUCCCUGUCCGGGGGAGCUGUGGUGGUGGUUGCUUAGACAGGUGGAAAUAUCUCAGUGGAGCAGUUGCACCUAGGACCUGACUCUUCCCACCACCGCACCCUGAACAGCGCAGCAGAGCAACUGACAUCUCACUAUCUGCUAGCAGAGGAGGUAUGCGAAAGACAGUUCAACACGGACAUCACGGUGCUGUGGUGGGGAGAAGAGUGGACUGACAAAUCUUUCUUAGCAUCUCCGUUUAUCUGUGAGCUUCCAGCACCCAUAGGAUUGGAACUGAGCCCUUCUUCUUUCGUUAGGUAAAGGAGGUGAUUAGCAGUGUUCAAAGAACCAAGUCCAGAUCAGUAAGCAGCUUCAGAAGUGGCUUGGCCAGCAAAUGAUUGAAAUGGGCACUGAUUUACAAUAUGUCCAUAGUUUGUGACUGGCAUCCAUAGUCACACUGUGCGUCGUCUCUCAUCUUCUAGAGGUGUAGGAGAUGACAGCAUCUGCCAUGCAAUUUUCUGAAAUAAUUCAAUGUGGACCAUUGUUUCUGGGGUAGGUUGAAGCCUGAACGUUUUUUUGCGGGGUCGGCCAUCAGGUGUGUGUUUGUGAAUCAGCAUUCUCUGAAAACGCUCCCCAGCGGCCCUAGGAUUGAAUGGGGAUGCUGAAAGCAUUUACCCUGAUCCCCAAAAGGCUUUCAGAGUUCAGGUGUGUCAUCGGAAGGUUCGGAAGCUCCUCAUGUAUUGGUAAGUUCAAAUUAGCCAUGGUUUGAUUGUAUUCACAAUUGUACUCCGGAUUUUGGGUGUGGGUGUAUGUGCUAGAGUGGGCAACCAUUGAUUUUAAUGUUCCAGUUAUAAUUUUUAUUGCAGCAUUAAGCUGCACGUCCAAAAACUUGGUAUGUAGCUGCCUAUGCACAAUAUUCUGCAGUUGAGAAUACCAAGUGCCAGAGGCGCAGUUCAAAGCGUGUGUGCAUCAACACUGCAUGUUGGGCCUGCACGUUUUUGGGUGAGGCUAGUCCUUGCUGUUACCUUUUCACAUAUCUUCCAUGCAAGCUUUAGGAGCCAAGCUUCUGGUCAAGGUUGCACGCAAGUACUUUGGACAGGGCUCACUUCUGAUCCGUUGACCUCAAAACGUGACACUGAGUUGUUCCUUUGUGGUUUUACUGUUUACUUGAAAGGCUAUUACUGAGAUUUUGGAGGUGUUGAGGUGGCGUUUCCAGUAUUAAAAGUAUUAUGUUGAGGUCGAUGGCCAAGGUGUCACCACUUGUGGUAAGAUCUUUGCCCUGUAUUGCAAGAUUGAUGUUGUCAGCAUAAAUGAAUUUAUACAAAAUUGUGUCAGGUAAAUUGCUAAUGUAGAUGUUAACUAGCAGAGGAGCCAGCACAGGUCCUUGAGAUACACCAUCACUGGGGGUGCCUGCUUUGCUGAUCUGCCCAGUCAGAAUCACACUGUAUCUUUGAUAGCUCAACAUUGAUGUAAGGAGUCAUGUAGUGCUACAGCAUUUGAUGGGUCUUGAUACCCAGAGCAAGGGCCCAUAUCUCCAUAACUGAUCCCUGCAGGAAGGAUGGAGGUGGCGAUCAGGGUACAUCUGAACAUGUGGCAGUUUCCUCUGUCAAUUCUGCCCCCCAGGUUUGCUGUUUUGCCAUAUAUUUCAGGAAGUGCAUAGGCUACCUGGGGAUGCAGUGGGAAUGAUGUACAUGGGACUGAGUUCCUCCCUGUGGUAAAGCUCAUUGGAGUCAAUAGAUUUACACCAGGCAUCAACUUAGUCCUAGAAGGAGCUAUGCGGUUAAGCCAAGGUGAGUGUGAUUCUGGAUGGCAAGUGCUGUUAAAUAUUCUCUUGAUUUCCUGUGCACUUCCUGCUGGGGAAGGGCUGGAGAGACAAGUCUGGAAAUUUAAGUCCUCUUGUUUUUCCAUAGGUCGGAUUCUUUACUAUCAGCAGGAGGGAAGCUUCCCAGACAGUGCCCUGCCAAUGAGUCUCAGCCCUGAGCUUGAGAUCAACCUCUAGCAGCGAAAGGCCACACUGGCCUUGAGCUCUCUGCCGGGACUGCCCA